AAAUAGUCGAUAUAAAGACGUGCUGGACACCCCUUAGCAUCAGCCAAGGUUUAUUCGAAACAGUAGGGGCUUGUAGGAGCCGGUUCUUACUGGAAGAAGGCAAAAGACCGCAAAAUGAGUUACGCGGCUGCUGAGACAGUUGCCCAGUCCAGCACCUGGGCGGCUACCAACCUGUUCUACGUGCUUCUGGUACCAGCUCUCAUCCUAUGGUACACAUACUGGCGCAUGUCCAGAAGGAACCUGUACGAAUUGGCUGAUAAAAUCUCGGGACCAAAGGGACUACCCCUUAUCGGAAAUGCGUUGGAAUUCACCGGAGGAUCUGCCGAAAUUUUCCAAACCAUGAUUAAGCGUAGUGAGGAGUUUGAUGACAGCGUGAUCAAAGUAUGGAUUGGACCUCGUCUUUUGGUGUUCCUGUACGACCCUCGUGAUGUGGAGCUGAUCCUCAGCAGCCAUGUCCACAUCGACAAGGCCGACGAGUACAAAUUCUUCAAGCCCUGGCUUGGAAACGGUCUCCUUAUCAGCACAGGUCAAAAAUGGCGUUCCCACCGAAAACUUAUUGCACCCACUUUCCACUUAAACGUAUUGAAGAGUUUCAUUGACCUCUUCAAUGCCAACUCAAGGGCUGUUGUCGAAAAACUGAAGAAGGAAACAGGAGAAUUCGACUGCCACGACUACAUGAGCGAGUGCACCGUGGAAAUCUUAUUAGAAACCGCUAUGGGUGUAAGCAAGAGCACACAAGACCGCAGUGGUUUCGAAUAUGCUAUGGCUGUCAUGAAGAUGUGCGACAUCCUUCACUUGAGACAUACCAAGAUUUGGCUCAGACCCGACUUUUUGUUCAGCUUUACCCAAUACGCUAAGCUGCAAAACAAACUGCUCGACAUUAUUCACGGAUUGACUAAGAAGGUCAUUAAGAAGAAGAAGGAAGAAUUCAAAUCUGGCAAGAAACCAUCAGCUGUCGUGACCGAAGUUGUUGAAAAGGAAACAGAGCCUGCCAAGACUACAUCAGUCGAAGGACUUUCCUUCGGUCAAUCAUCUGGCUUAAAGGAUGAUUUGGACGUCGAUGAUGACGUCGGCCAAAAGAAACGUUUGGCCUUCCUUGACCUUCUUUUGGAAAGCGCUCAGGGUGGUGUUGUUAUUUCCGACGAGGAAAUCAAGGAACAAGUCGACACUAUUAUGUUUGAGGGACACGACACCACAGCCGCUGGAAGCAGUUUCUUCUUAUCAGCUAUGGGUAUCCACCAAGAUAUUCAAGAUAAAGUAGUCGAAGAGCUCGACAGCAUAUUCGGUGACUCAGACCGUCCAGCCACCUUCCAGGAUACAUUGGAAAUGAAAUACUUGGAAAGAUGUCUGAUGGAAACGCUCCGCAUGUUCCCUCCCGUGCCAAUUAUUGCUCGUCACCUUAAACAAGACAUUACAAUGCCAUCCAACGGAAAGAAAGUCCCAGCCGGCUCUACAGUAAUUAUCGCUACAUACAAAUUGCACCGUCGUGAGGACAUCUAUCCUAACCCUGACAAAUUCAAUCCAGACAACUUCUUGCCGGAACGCUCCGCUAACCGCCACUACUACGCCUUUGUACCAUUCUCUGCGGGACCUAGAAGUUGUGUUGGUCGUAAAUACGCCAUGCUGAAGCUUAAGAUAAUUCUGUCAACAAUUUUGAGGAACUUCCGCGUCUACUCAGACCUUAAGGAGUCCGACUUCAAACUCCAGGCUGAUAUCAUCCUCAAACGAGCUGAAGGAUUCAAAGUACGCUUGGAACCACGCAAAAGAAUGACCAAAGCUUGCUGAACAAGAAAUAGAUUCUAAUAUAUAAAUACUUAGUACAUAUAUUUAACUGUAGAAAAUGUGCACAUUUAUACAGUAUUUAUCGUUACAUGCAUUUGUGAUACCAGUACUGACUAAAUUAUUGUUAAUUUUUGUAUUGUUAAGAAUGAACAAUUAAUCUGGGUGGCAGAUUUUUAAAUGGGAUGAAGAGGUACAAACGUUUCAAUAUUGCUCAAUCGUGUUAGGAUUAUAUUUUAUAAUAUUAUGCAUAUGAUGCAUUGUAAAUAGUCAACAUUGUCUAUGCGUAUAGGAUAAAUGUGAUGAAGCAAUAAAGGAAAAAUCUUAA